AUGGCGGGCCUGUGGCAUCUACUAAACAUACCAAGCGAGAUCCGCAAUCAGAUAUGGAUUCUAGCUUUCGGAGAUCAACAUGCAGUCCGUAGCACAGAUGAAAAGAAGUUCUUGAAGGACGACUGCCAAGCAUGUCAGGCCAACGUACAUACAUACGUGGAUCUGUCAACCUGGGACGAAAUCUUCCGGCCCCUAUUGACAUGCAAACAGAUCUUCAACGAAGCGAGACAGAUCUUGUGUUCGUCAUUCACGUUACAUCUCGGUACAAGUCCGUUCCAGCAAAAGCGCGCCGCUGUAGACAAGGAAGUCCGACGCAUCGAAUUGUGGAUGCAUAUCAAGGACGACAACCGCCUCGAGACCGGAUCGACCAUGAAGCUGAUCGGACUCGGUUUCCCGAAUCUUCGACAGCUGACCGUCCACGCCCAUAUGCGCCCACCUGACAGCUACGAGAGUCUCUGCGACGCCGUGUCGCUGGCUGCUGCUAUUGUGCGACUCGGGCGCGAUAGACGUGAGACUGAGGUGGCCUUGGAUUUCGACUACGUCCGGCAUGGAGUCAUGUUCCACAGCCCGCAUCUGGGCGAAAUCAGGACGGAGGACUCUCUGGAAGAACACGAAUUGGUGGUGAGGGAUCUGAUCGAGGACGAUGCCUUUAUCGAGGCUGUGCUGGCAGAUGAUGACGAUGGCGAUGCCGACGAGCAGGCCAUGACGGCGGCACUGUUGAGAGUCGCACGGUCCCAUGAACAGAGUUGGUUCGAAAGGCUGCAACGCAGAAGACGCGAUCACAUGACAGAAGGAAACCAAGCUGGGUUGGAGGCAUCGGCUUCGACAUCUUCGACUUGA